ACCAGGUUCCUGCGCUCUGCCCCUAAGAGAAUUGGCGCUGGCGCUGCCUCCCCGAGCGCGUUUGGAGCGGCAUCGUGACUGCUUUUGACCUGAAUCUAUAAACCAAUGAAGAAAUGAAAGGACAGAACAUACCAGAUGUCAUGAUCUAUGUAUUUCACAUCAGUGCUACACUUUGGGGUUUUACAGAACAGGAAGCAGUAACAGGGCUGUUUACCAAGGAUUGCAUCCUCCCUUGUCGUUUCCCACCUGGGCAUGAUGAAGUAAUUCACUGGAGCAAAGAGAACAAAAAUGUGCACAGUUACUACCAGCAGAAGGAUCAGCUGGGAGAACAAGAUCCACAUUACAGACUCAGAACACACCUUUUCCAUGAGAACAUCCCUAGUGGAAAUGCCUCCUUGAAACUUAGUAACCUGACCAUGACUGACGAGGGCUCUUAUACCUGCUACGUGGGAACAGCACAAUAUCAAACAGAAGUGGAAGUGCAACUACAAGUUAAAGCUCCUUCUUCUUAUGCACUGGAAUACCAAAAGACAAACACAGAAAGGAGACUGAAGUGCUAUGCUUUUCUCACUUAUCCAGCACCAACUAUAUCUUGGGUACAGGGCAGUAUAUCCAUCCCAGAGACAGAUCGGGAGGAAACUCGGAAUGGAGUUCUCUAUUCUCUUAGAAGUGACAAGGAUAUUACAAAUGUGACAGAUACUUACUACUGCCAUAUUAAUUUGGAUCAUGAAGUGUGGGCUGCUGAAUGGAAAAUGCAAGACCACCUGCCUAAGGUGGAAGGAGAGAGCACCGUAAUUCCUUGUGAACACGGCCUUGACACUGCAAGCACUGACAGUUUCAGUGUUGUCUGGACAUUACACAGAAAUGCAGUGACCUCAGUCCUGGCCUCCUUCAAUGGCACAUCUCACUCUCAUCAGCCUCGAGUCCAGGUUAACGAAAGUGACUUUUCGCUGAGGUUGGAUCAUCUUACUGCAGGCGACAGUGGAGACUAUCUGUGUAAUAUUUCAACACCUCUCUACACAAAACUUGCUGUGACAACAUUGCAUGUCGAAAAUUCAGGUAACACUGGGAAAAUUGGGCUAGGAGUGCCUGGUGCAGUGGCAAUAGCAGUGACAAUAGCAGCGGUACUUUGCUAUCUCAAGAAAAAAAAGAAGAGAGGAAUCAUAUGAACACCUUGACAUACAGGAAGAAAAUAUCUCUCUGUACACAGACACUACUGCGACUGGUGAUGAAAAGAACAAAGAGUUCCUCCACCUUUCCCUUUGAGUUACAGUAAGAGCCACAUGGAAAUGUGAUUUUCUGAGCAACAGUAGCAGACAAAUGGGGAGGAAAAAAAGUCAAUGGACACUUGUAUGUGAAAAGUCAUGGAGCAGGGCAUCUCACCCCCCACAUGAGCUUAUCUGUUGCUUUUUAACUGGUGAAUUAACUCAAACCAGACAGAGCUGUCUUGUAGUGAGUUGUUUUGUCACCAUGGGAUUACCUGGAAAGACAAACUGGAAUUCUGACUGACAGGCACCUGCCUUUACAAACUAUAUAAGCUAUAUCAAACUGUCACAAAGCAGAAAUAUUCUGCACAUUUUCCUGGAAACGUAGAGUUUCUCCUCAGAGCAGGGACACCUGCUUUGUGGUUAUUCCUCUGGAGGCUGAGUAUUUCUUUUGCUAGUUUUAAUAUAGGUAGCUUGAUAUCAUGCACUAUGUAAUCUACUGGUAGUUCUUUUGUUUUAUACUGUGUCAGAAUUAACUCAGGUUAAGACCUUUCAUGUGUUACCUCCUAUCUUUUCAAUAAAUAACUCAUUUUAUAAAUAGACCUGAUCUGCCAUUCUUAGAAGCUGUGGGCUAGAAUGAUUUCUUAAAUUUAAACUGUUGCCAAAAAUCUGAGGCUAAGGCAGGUCUUCUGUGAAGCUCCCACUUGUUCUGUGACAAGUCAGCAUGCAAAAUUGGAUGUCCUAAAGGGACAAAGAAGUUUCCAGAAAAGAAGAAAUCCCUAAAUUUUGAGUUUUGGUUGGGUUUUUUUUAGGGUGAAGGAAAGAGAGCUUACUGUUUUUUAUUUAAUUUAAUAUUUUAUUUUAAAGUAAAGACCAUGUCUGCUGUCGACAGUGGCAAGUCCAAACCCAGCAGAGCAUGCUGGGCUGGCAGUGGUGGGGAGAGGAGAGGAGAGAGGUGUCUGAGUCGGAACAGCUGUGGGGAACAAAACAGUGGCAGACUGAGGUGUGAGAAGCUGAAUGAUGCCAAACACAGCCUAGCACAGCGGUCUGGAAAAUGGACUGUGUGACAUGGACGAUCCAGCUUUUGGGGGUUUAUCCAUCAUUGUUCUCCAUUGUCUUGGGCUCAGGGAUAGGAAAUGUUAGCUAUGGGAGCCUCCCCCGCCUGCUUUUGUCCUGGGGGCCACAUGUUGUGUGGGAAUGGUUGCCACCUUGUCUUAGUUUGGAAAAACACGUGGAGCCGGCAGCACUGGAACGGCUGCCAUCUUGUCCUUGGGAAAGUGUCCUAUGACCUAUGGGAAAGUGUUCACCAUCUUGUCUUUGUCCCAGUAGCCAUAUGGAACUAGGUUGAGGUGGUGAACACCUUUGUAUGGGUAAAGCAUCUCUUCUUGUAUACUUUUGUUAUUAACAUUGUUGCUCUUUACUUUCAGUAAAUUAUCU